CGGCGGCGCCGCCAUGAAGAUCACGCGGCAGAAGCACGCCAAGAAGAACAUGGGCUUCUACAGGCACAACUUCCAGUUCCGCGAGCCCUUCCAGGUGCUGGUGGACGGCACGUUCUGCCACGCCGCGCUCCGCAACAAGAUCCAGAUCCGCGAGCAGCUGCCCGGGUAUCUGGGCGGCGCCACGCAGCUCUGCACCACCCGAUGCAUUCUGAAAGAAUUGGAAUCACUGGGCAAAGCACUGUAUGGGGCAAAAUUAAUUGCCCAAAGUUUUCAAGUUCGAAGCUGUUCUCACCACAAGGAUCCUGUGAGCGGCUCGGCCUGUUUACUUUCCAUGGUUGAGGAAGGCAACCCUCAUCACUUCUUUGUGGCUACUCAGGACCAGGAUUUAGCAAACAAAGUGAAAAAGAAGGCUGGCAUUCCUCUCCUCUUUAUUAUUCAGAACACUAUGGUGCUAGACAAACCUUCUCCUAAGUCUUUGGCAUUUGUUCAAACCUUGCAGACCAGUCAGCUUGUUCCAGAGCACCAGAAACAAAGCAUUGUACAACUUAAAGAAAAAGAAGGACUAGCAAAGCAAGAAGGUGAAAAGAGAAGAAAACGUAAAAAGGCAGGUGGCCCCAAUCCUCUCAGCUGUCUGAAGAAGAAGAAGACACAGGAGAGCCAGAAACCUGCCGAAAAGAAGAAAAGAAGAAGAAAGCGAAUUAGGGUUAAAACAGAAACUGUGCUGUCAGUGCAGAAGAAUGAGAAAGAAUAAACCCAUCUUUGUGAACAAUGCAGGACACUGGUUGAUCUCUGCACAGAGCGGGAUUAAUUUGCAAUAACUGAAAUUAACUUGUUUAUAUUAAAACUUAUUUUUAUGA